UACAAUGUGCCAAUCAAACGUUGCUUCGUCUUUGUGGUCUGCGGUACUCGAGUGUUAACUUUAUUAAUUUUACGUCUAAAAAAUGGGUUUUAGUUUUGGCGUCUAUAAAGUACAGGUUAAAAUUGGCGAUAUCGUAUGAAAGAACAGAUAUUUGGACGAAAAUUUAAGGAAUGUGCUGCUCACAUCUCAAAUGAGCACAAGGUGCUGAAUGGCAGUACCAUGCGUUAAGUUUUUGGCUUUCUCUAGCGCCUGUACGGGAGGCCGAAUGUGCUCUUUGAAGAGCUUGAUUCUCUGGGUUUUUUUUUCUGGGUUUUAGCUGAAGUGGCAGUGAUGCAAAGGGAUUUGCUGGGUAAAUGUGAGUCUCAACGAACUUAACCCUAAAACAUCAGGCUCUGCAUAUGCACGGGUACAAGCUUCCCAUAAAAUCGCUCUCAUCUUGAUCAGACUUGGAACUACAGGGGGAAACAAAAUCUUGGGAACAACCACCACCUGGAUUUUCGAGGCCCUCGCAACAACCUAAAGGUGCAUGAUGUCAUUCAAGCGCUGUCCUUUGCCGCGCAUACGCAAAUACAGGACAACUGUGGUUGUGCAGAGACGUUCUACCCGAGUCAUAUCCCGGUUGGGCACAUGUCGUCUGUGCCCUGUACAUACCUGAAGUGCGUUUUGGCAAUGUCACAACAAUGGAGCCCAUCGUACUCCAGCUGGUACCACAAGACCGCUUCAGCAAGACCUGCUUCAUCUGUGAGCAGCAACAGAACGAUGGCAAAGCUUCCAUUGGGGCCUGCAUGCAGUGCAACAAAUCGGGCUGCAAGCAGUACUUUCAUGUCACAUGUGCUCAGGCAGCGGGUCUUCUGUGCGAGGAGGCAGGGAAUUACAUGGACAACGUCAAGUACUGCGGCUACUGUCCCUAUCAUUACCAGAAACUGAAGAGAGACAGUAACAUCAAGAUUAUCCCAGCCUUCAAGCCUAUCCCAGCUGACUUCGACUCACAAGAAUCAAGUCCGGACACCAAGCGGCCCCCAGCCAAGGCCCGCAUGAAGGCAGACAGACGGGGACCCAAGUGUCUGCCGCCCAUCACAAACGGCGUCGCCUCAGACGACCCCGAGCCCAAGAACGGCACGGACGGCUCUGGCUCUCCGAGCGCGUCAUCCACCGCUCCCACACCUCAAGGAAAGUUCACCACAGCAAACUUCACGGAAACGGUGGUAGCUCCGGCAGGCAGCCCAGUUUUUGCAUCUACGGAGAGGCAGCGGAAGCGAGGACGCGGGUCGAAUUCUGGCUGCAACAUUAAAGGUACAAAGGUGGAGCCGGCAUCUCCGCCGCUCACGCCGACUUCGACCACACCGAACAGCAAUCCCACGCCGACAUUCAGCAGCAUGUACGAAAACCUGGUCGGCAAAGAAUUGAAGGAAUCCGGCAAAGGAGGCCGUGCUUCGAGCCUUAGCAGCGAGCGCGGCCCUCCCGCCGUCGAAAAGCGACCCAAGGUCAGGAAAAGCGGUUCAUCGUCGGGGCCACCUGGCUUCAACAAGGUCAAAGGGACGUCUGCUCCGGGGGAGGGGGCGGAGGCCAAGAGCAAACGGGCCAGGGUGCGCAAGAAGUCUUCGGCUCCACCGGUGCUGUCUCCAUCACAGCCGCCACCCCCUGCAGGAGGAGGAACGGAACCCCCUCCAGAACUUGUGCUGGGUACAGAUGAGACCAGUCGGCAACAGGAGUCGAUGGAUUCCACGUCACGUGCCAUGCACAUGGAUCCUGAUUCUGAUGAAGCAACACUCGAUGGCACUCAGCAAGAAAGAGAAGAGGAAAAAGAAGAAAAAGUGCAUUGCCCAGCUGAAGGCUCGAGCCAGCAACCAUGGGCUCCAGUGAUCACCAGUACCUCCAGUCAUGUGCUGCCUCCCAAGACAGCAGCCAUCCAGCAGUCUCCCGUCUCCGCCCCAACGGCAACAACUGUUACGGAACAGAACAAUGGCACCCCUCCCUUCCCGCAGACGUUGGAGCAGCUGCUUGAGAGACAGUGGGAACAGGGCUCGACUUUCCUCAUGAAACAAGCACAGCACUUUGACAUUGCAUCUUUGCUGUCCUGCCUACACCAACUAAGAGCAGAAAACCAAGAGCUGGAGUCACGAAUCAACGGCCUGGUGGCACGUCGUGAUCACCUGCUCGCUGUAAAUGCUCGGCUGGUGGCGCCACUGCGGCCAUGCUUCUCACCGCAUGAAAACAUCUCUGCCUCGGGCGAUCACCAUGCACCCGCCAUUCUGGAGAAUGGCAUUGCAUCCGGACACAGAACAACUUCACCCAUGCUGCCACUGGAGAAACCAGGGUUCCACACUGGCAGCCCAUCUUCCUCACACAGUCCCAUUGCUGCAGCAGCAGCAAAUAUUCGAACAUCUCAGGGGUUGAGUUCUUUCCUGAACAUGCCUGGAGCCGGAGGGCAAGACAGUGCCCAGUCUCAGACAGCAGCAGCAGAACAUCGGUCCGAUUCUUCGUCUUCUCCUACUGCUAUGCUGAACGGAGUGGCAUGCUUGCCCUACGAGUUUCACGAGAACAACAGGAUUCCCAGCCAGAGCAACGGGCUAUCGCAACAAGCCACUGCGCCCGCCGUCGCAAAUUUUUAUGACUCCUCGCAUAACAGCAAGCAGACGACACCAGCAGUGGCAGCCCAGUCGUCUGCCAACCACUGCACGUCUCCGGGUAGCGGACGAUCGGACGGCCACAGCAGGUCGCAGCACCAAGGAUCGAGCAAGAGAUGAUGUCGAAGGAAGCGGCAUUCUUCGGGGCCAAGAACAGCGUAGUGAAGCUUGCUGCCCAGGGUGCCUGAUGUGAUGCGAGAACAUUGCUGUGUCUUCACGGACGAGCAGCUUGUGCGGCGGUGAUUGUUGAGUUGAAGAAGUUGCGGUUCAUCCGGUAGAAGAAAGCUGUAGAAAUUUGUGGUUUGCCUGUUGACUGUUCUGGCAGUGCGUCUCUUUGUGCCGGGGGCCACCAGGUGUAACGGUGAAAGACAAGGUAUACGGAUCUCUCUUCGUACGUGGAGAAGAUGACGCGUUUUCAACAUUCAGGUGACGACAACCUAGUCUUUGACAUCUUAACUUAUUUAUUUCCAUAUUUAUUGGAAAGCAAGGUUCAGCUCCCGGCACUGCUCUCCCGUUUUACGGGCCACUAAUUUUGUCGCCGGCCUUUUUAUACUGCCCGUUGUUACUACGGAACCACUUCGGCGGAGUAGCACUUCGCAGCUUGCGGAGAAAAAUUACGGACGACGUUUGCGGGACCAGCCCAUUAGUUUCGUGACGGAACCUGUGACUCUUAUUGCGUCACACCGCUUCCCUUUUUACGACCUUCGCUGUUCAUUUCAAAGCCCGGUACGCAGUUGCAGAAUGACCACAAAUUUCCAGUCUUCUGACCAUAAGGUGGCCUGACUAGUAUAGCCGGUUGUGAAGAGGUCACAGCGGUUCAUCGUGAACUUUCGAGCAGAACAUGCUGGUCGGUCGAAUGGCAUCUAUGUGCAGUGUCACAAAAGCCUGGAACAGUGUGAAAUGAACACUACGUUCGUGAGUGAUGCGUGCAAUGUAAAAAAAAAAAAUGUACUGUAGUGUCCAUGCGAGCUUUGAAAGGGGGGGUCAGACUGUUGCAGUCUGUGUGUGUUUGAUGUAUUUUCAGUGCAACCAUUGUAUAAUUUAAGAUAGGAACUUUUAUACACCCUCUGUUUGCGUUUCCGUGGCACGUCGAGAGAAUGUUGGUGGUACCAGGGGUUGGAAGUCAAUUCAGGCAUGAUUCACGUUAGAUUGGCUCGUAACUGUCAUUCGAAAGCAGCACAGCGUUCGUCACAAAGAGUAGUCUCCGUAUUGUAACAGACACAUUGCACUGAAAUUGGUUCAUUUCCAUGAUUAUGUUCAUGUAGUUUGUAGUAUGUUUCCAUGGUGUACGGAACCGAGUAAGAUUUAUGAACACAAUAAGUGAUGAGUGGUCGAGGACAAGUACGUUACUAAACGCUCUUUGAUGGGGUUUUACAAAGGUGUGCGUACAAAUAGAGAUGUGCUCUGGUCUGUUGCUGAAUACAGAAAAAAAAAAUUUUGGCCAUUCAAUAAGAAACUACAUUCUGCACAUUAUAAAAUUUGGCAAGUCCUAUGCUGACAAAAAAAAAAAUCUAGUAUCACUAAAGGUUGCGGACAAAUCCAGUGCAGAUAGCUUGCAGAACCUCAGAUCUUAGAAGAUUAUUUCUCCUCAUAAUAUUCAUGUGGCACGUGCAUUUGCUGUGCACAGCAAUACUGGUAACAAUUCUCGACCCCUUGCACAUAUUGAGAACACAGUUGAAAACCAGUAACAAUGUCCUGUGGCAAUAUUUCGAACUUGCAACCUCUUUAUAGAUAGGACCGGAAUCCACACAUACACUCCCGCCAUUUGCAGUCAGCUAAUCAGAUAAGCACAGGCUUGUUACCGUAGAGCAAUGCUGAGGUUAUGAAUUAACAGUGUGGAGACUGCUGUGUGACAAGUUCAGAAACCACAAAAUAUUCAACUGUUUCCAUUGUUCGUUUGCAAGCAAAAACAUACAUGUCUCUGCAUGGCAAAAAUCUUUGGAUCACAUGCAUAUCAUCAGCAUCCGAUGCUGCAUAUACAAUGCAGAGUGUUGGAUGUGAUGCAGGCUAUAUCAGGAACGUGUGCAAUUGGGAUAGGGACUCGGCAGUUUUGUGAAAUGAACAUGACAGGACCAUUGUACUGCAAAAACUUUGAUUAGUAUAACUUCCAAGAGAAAAUUUCUUGCUUAAGUAUGGUACAUUGAACUUCCAAAACGAACAUUCAGGCCAAGAAAAAUGUGACGAGCGGAAAUGUUGAAGAUGUUCUGUUGUCCAUAAGUAAUGAAUCUUAUAGCUUUGCUCAGCAUUCCAAGAAAAUGUCAGCCAAAGCCUUCACACUGACAUGACUGGUGCGUGUGCACACUUAAUGUUUCUUUUCUUUUUUCUUUUUUGCUACCUUUGUUACCACAUUAUGGCACCAAAAUAAUGUUCUGUCCUCAUUGUGAGGUGAUGUGGAAGUAUCACCACAGGCUGUCAGUCUUCCAAUAUGAGACAUAUAUUACCGUACCGUACCGUACCGUACCGUACCGUACCGUACCGUACCGUACCGUACCGUACCGUACCGUUCUUCAAACCGUAGCUUCAAAAUUCAUGCACAAACCACCAACAUGUGCAUCACAAAUGUGUGCUUGAGUUCUUAGCUGUCUGCUAGAUCUAGUUCAGAAUGCAUGUGUUCAUUUUGGCACCAUAUUAUGUGACAAUUUGUUUUCGUUAUACCCAAAAGUGUUUAUGUACAAGAAGCGUGUGGUCACGAGACUUCUACGCGCAGACUUCAAGCUGUAAGUUUUUCUACUGGACUGGAACUCGAUGAGCAUGAGAUCACUUGAAAUGUAAAUACACAUUCAUCCUCACAUACCAUGUAGCUCUUGUUCAUGUUCAGCCAUGUUAAACGAGGCAUUUCUCCGAGUUGCAGAAAACAUACGCAUUUACGAGGUGGAAGGCCACGUUGUUAAAGCAAGUAGUGGCCAGAUGUACAUAUUUAUAAUAUAUAUUGCCACAAUAUGGUGUACAUUGUGUGAUGUGCAUGUCAGUUGUUCCAGGUUUUGCACAGACGCAGAGGAACCAUUAAUCUGCUCCUGACCACUGUUACAAAAUUUAUCACGGAGUAGAUCUUUUCUGUUAAUAAUGCUUCUCUCUUUUUUUUUUUUUUCGUGCCUUUCAUUUCUAACUUGUAAAUAUCACAAUAUAAGAAGUUCUUAUGGCUUCCUUGCGCAGAAUGCUGCUUUGUUUUGUUUUGCCAACGAUACUUCGUUACGUAUUAGUUUGUUGUUCAAGUGCAGUCGACCAGGAUGUACAUUUCACUGAAGGGCAUUGCCACAUUGGCUGUGUAGUGAGACGUGAACAUAUUAGCAAAGCAAAAAGACUACGCUUGCUGCCAAUGCAGUGUUUGCGUAUAUCUGACUUUUUUUUUUCUCUCUGCCGAAGCAGCUUCUGAGAUUAGUUCUGUAGUAUAUCUGGAUUUCAUCCACAAACAGGCUUUUUUUUUUCUCGUCUAGUUGCGGUAAUGAUAUUCAUUAUCACAUUCAUGCAUACCACCCGUAACUCCUUAGACAAAUAUUGACUAUGAGGUAAUUGUUCGUUUAUUCAGUUUUUAUAUUCCUGUGCACAUGUACAGUGUAUGCCUUGAUAACGGUACACAUGUAAGUAAUUAACAUAACAGAACAUAACAUAAAAACGAUUCAGAUGAGAGAUAAAUUGAGUACAUAUGUUAUUGUUUGUGUGUUUUCGACGUGUAAUUUGAAAUUUAGUUUCAAGUUAAGAUUGCCAAUGUACCCUGAAUUUUUUGUGUGGCAGACUUCGGACGUAACAUGAGUUCAUGCAGUCAUGUAGCUCUGCCUUAUCCCGAAUACCUCAUGUCCUACAAAUGAUGUGUUAUACUAUUUGUUAAUCCUUUUAAGACUGCUGUAUAAAGAUCAGCCACUAUGCGCAUGUACAAAGGCGUCACACAUCCUCACAGACCCUAUCUUUUGAGAUACAAUUCAGGUUCAGUAUGCUAGUCUGUUCCACGGACAUGACUACCUGUUUUUAUUAUGUUUGAGUUGUUGUAAAUAGGGAAAUAAAUUGUAGGUAGAGCCUC